AUGGCUCCUCACACGAUUCGUUAUGGAACAAAACAACGAAGCCCACCGUACACAUCGAGAUGUAUUACUCGCUCAAGUCGCGACGAAGAUGGAGUCAAUGUAAUUUUUCAGCCGAAAUCAAAGCAACCACCACCGGCGGAGACAGACCAACGCAACAACCACCGACCAAAAUCAAUGGAGAUGGACCAAAGCAACCACCAUCAGUGGAGAGACGGACCAAAGCAACCACCAUCGGCGGAGACGAUGCCGAUGUCGCGACGGAGGAGAUGGAGAUGA